UUCAUAAAACCCCUCGUUUACCAAAACAAAAAACAAACAACUAAAGCACGGAUAGCGUUUCAUAAUGAUAGCCAUUGGUUUUGUCGAUCUCUCGCUCGAAUAUAGCGCCCGAAAGUUAAUUUCUAUCGUAGAACAUUCAACAAGUAAACAGCAGUUGUGCAUCUUACGUUUUGCUUUUUCCAUAUCUUGAUAAAAAGAAGUACAAACAUGUGUUAGUAGCCCACAGCAAAAGGUUGGAAGACGUUUGCUCCCCAAUGCUCAUGUACGUACUGAUGCUUGUACUCCUGCAGUUCAACACAGACAGACGCGCACGCUAUAUAUGGGCUCGGCGCUCCGGACCUUCUGUUGCCGGCACCCGGACAAAACGCUCGUGCCGUGGAGUGCGGCGACCGACGGUGCGCAUCAGCAGCAGGAGCAGCAGCAGCAGCAGCAGCAGCAGCGACAGCAGCCCAGCUCCUCCUCUGAGAAGUACCGCGAGGCACCGAUCGACGGCAGCAUUCUGCAGGCCACGACGCCGACGCGCAUAGCUCACGCCGUAACCACCGCCGCCAUGUUUGAGAUCGUGAUGCGGAAGCAGCACAACACACUCGGCUUCACGAUAAGGAAGGAGGACGAGUCGCCCCUCGGUUACUACAUCCGGUCGAUCAAGUGUGAGCCGGCGUUGAGCGAUGGCCGGCUGCGGGUCGGCGAUCGGCUCCACUCGGUCAAUGGUAUCCCGCUGGCGCCCCUCCCGUACGAACAGGCGAUCCUCUUCAUUCGUAGCGUCACCGAAACGGUCCGGUUACAGCUGUACCGUGGGCCACCCCCGCCCGUACUGGCGACCUGCUGCGGACCUCCGCACCGGACGGCCACCAUCGACCAUCGGCGCCGGUUACGCCGACUCCGGAAGCAGCGCAGCGCGAGCCUCAGCGAGUCCGUUAAUCAGCCACCGCGAUCGGGCGACAUCGCUGCGACACCGACACGACUCGUGCGCUCCAACACCGAGCAGAAUUUGGCCGUCACAACAACGGCGGAGAACGGAGAGAAGGAGAAGGAGAAGGAGGGGGAGGAGGAGCAGCCACUACCAACGCGGCUACCGAGUGAUGAGCGACUGCUCGUGGUCCGUCCCGCCGCUCUGCCCUCGGCGUCUGCUGUGCUGCUGCCGCUGCUACCGUCCGGUGACGUCGGCUAUGAGAUUAUCACCGUGGAGCUGCACAAGGGUUGGAACAGCCGGUACGGUUUCAGUCUGCGGACCGAGCCCGAUCCGAUGCGAACGGUCAUCAGUGAGAUCCAUUCGGGCAGCCUCGCGUCUCGGGAUGGCCGGUUGCGUGUCGGCGAUGUACUGCUCAUGAUUAACGAUGAACCUCUGGGCACGAGAAGUACGGCGGAGCUGAUCGAGCUGCUGCGUAUCCUGUCCGGUGCGACUAUCAUCACGGUACUGCGCCUUCACCCUUCCCUUCUUCCACCUUCGACUGUCACGCUGGUGCCCCUAGUGCAGGAGCAGCAGCAGCAGCCAGCGGGACUUUGCUCCCUGAGCUACCUGCACGAAAGUGAUGCACGGGAGGUUUGGGCUUCCUCUAGCAGGUAAUGUGCAGUGUGGGGGUGUGGGCGGUAGGGGGAGGGGUCAUGUCUGGAGUGCUAUUGGAAUUGCAAUUAGGCAACUACUGACACCUGUAGCUAGCUGCUGGUUUUUGAGAUCAAAAUAAAUCAGAGCUGUUUACUG